AUGCGCGCAGCGUGUAUUAGGGCAGCUAGCACUGCUAGCCGGCUCACACGAUCGUCGUGUGUCGCCCAGCUACCGCGUCCCCAGCUCGCGGGCACGUCGUCGCGCGCCAUCGCAUACCAAACCCUGCAAACUCUCCAAAAGCGCGGGUUCCAGCAGCAGGCGCCGACUGCGCAACAGGCGGCCGCAGCCGCAGCCGUCGAAGCCGCAGACGAUGUAUUCGACACCCCGCCCCAGCAGACCGACUCGGCGAGACCCUUCGAUGCGCUCGACACAUUUCCCCGCCGUCACAUUGGGCCGUCUGCCGAGAGUGCGGAAGCCAUGCUCAAGGCCCUGGAUCCGCCCGUGGGCAGCCUAGACGAGUUCGUCCGCCAGGUUAUACCCGCUGAUAUUCUGUCGGCGCGCGAGUUGAAGAUUGGUAGCAUGUCCGAGGGACUGAGUGUGGAGGAGUGGCAGGCCCACGGCGUGCCAGAGUCCGUCUUCCUCAACACCGCGAAGCAGAUUAUGAGCCAGAACAAGCCGGGCCAGAGUCUGAUCGGACAGGGAUACUAUGGCACCAAAGUCCCGGAGGUCAUCAAGAGGAACGUCCUCGAGAACCCCGCUUGGUACACUAGCUAUACCCCAUACCAGCCAGAGAUCAGCCAGGGACGUCUGGAGUCGCUGCUGAACUUCCAGACUAUGGUCUCGGAUCUGACUGGUCUGAGCAUUGCGAAUGCGUCGGUGCUGGAUGAGCCUACUGCGGCGGCCGAGGCCAUGACCAUGUCCAUGGGCAUGAUGCCUCUGUCCAAGCAGAAGAGCAAGAACAAGACUUUCCUCGUGUCGGAGAGGUGUCACCCCCAGACUCUCGCUGUUCUCUACUCGCGCGCCGAGGGCUUUGGCAUUAAGAUUGAAGUUGCGGAUGUGCUCAAGGACAACAGCAAGAGGGUGGAGGAGCUGGGCCAGGAUCUCGUCGGUGUGCUCGCUCAGUACCCAGACACUGACGGAGCCGUCAACGACUUCCGCGGACUCGCCGACAAGGUGCACAAGACUGGUGCGCUUUUCAGCGUUGCGACCGAUCUCCUCGCCCUCACACUGCUUACUCCACCGGGAGAGUUCGGUGCCGACAUCGCCUUCGGAAACGCACAACGGUUCGGUGUGCCUCUGGGCUACGGUGGACCACACGCGGCCUUCUUCGCCUGCGACGAGAAGUACAAGCGCAAGAUUCCGGGUCGUCUGAUCGGUCUGUCAAAGGACAGGUUGGGAAACCCUGCGGCACGACUCGCGCUGCAGACCCGAGAGCAGCACAUUCGCCGUGAGAAGGCUACUAGCAACAUUUGCACGGCACAGGCUCUGUUGGCAAACAUGAGCGCUAUGUACGCUGUGUACCAUGGACCAAAUGGCCUGACUGCCAUCGCCAAGCAGGUCGUUGCAAAGGCUCGCACGAUUCAACAGGCGCUCAUCGCCAAUGGCUACAAGACUGGCCAGCGCGGAAAGAUGGACAACGCACCUGUCUUGUUCGACACAGUCGUUGUCGAGACAGGCGACAAGACCGACGCCAUCAUCUCCGCACUCGCGAAGAACGAAAUAUUCGUACGAAGGAUCGACGCCCAUCACGUCGGUAUUUCCGUUGAUGAAACCACCGGUGCAAACACGAUCAACAAAGUAUUGAAUGUGUUCAACGGAACUCGCAACAGCUGGUCUUUUGCCGAAUCUGUCGACAUUGAGGUUCCUGAGCCGUUCAAGAGGACCAGCGAGUUCAUGACCCACCCAGUAUUUAACUCGCAUCAUUCCGAGACGGAACUUCUCCGUUACAUCAACCAUCUGUCUUCGAAGGAUCUGUCUCUGGUACACUCAAUGAUCCCUCUUGGAUCGUGCACGAUGAAGCUCAACUCCACCGCGGAGAUGGCACCUGUUUCGUUUGAUACCGUAUCCAACCUGCAUCCCUUCCUGCCUCUUGACCGCGCCACUGGAUACUCCGACAUGAUCAAGCAGCUAGAAGACGACUUGGCUGACAUUACAGGCUUCCACUCGGUCUCGCUACAGCCCAACUCUGGUGCUCAGGGUGAAUUCACGGGUCUCCGCGUCAUUCGCAAAUAUCUCGAGCAGCAGCCUGGCAAGAAGCGCGAUAUCUGCUUGAUUCCUGUCUCAGCCCACGGAACCAACCCUGCUAGUGCUGCCAUGUGCGGUAUGCGUGUUGUUCCCAUCAAAUGCGACCAAGCGACCGGUAACCUGGACAUGGCCGACUUGAAGGCCAAGUGCGAGAAGCACAGCGAAGAGCUCGGCGCCUUCAUGGUCACCUACCCCAGCACGUUCGGUGUCUUCGAGCCCAGCGUCAAGGAGGCUUGCGACCUGAUCCAUCAGCACGGCGGCCAAGUCUACAUGGACGGUGCCAACAUGAACGCCCAAAUCGGUCUUUGCUCCCCCGGCGAGAUCGGUGCCGACGUCUGCCAUCUCAACCUGCACAAGACCUUCUGCAUUCCCCACGGCGGCGGUGGCCCCGGUGUAGGCCCCAUCGGAGUGAAAGAACAUCUCUCACCCUUCCUCCCCGGCCAUCUCCGCGGCGAAACCGGUGGCGCCCAAGCCAUCCACCCCGUCAGCGGUGCACCCUGGGGAAGCGCCAGCAUCCUGCCCAUCAGCUGGGCCUACAUCAAGAUGAUGGGCGCCGUCGGCCUCACUCAAGCCACCAAGAUUACCCUCCUCAACGCAAACUACAUCCUCUCCCGCCUGAAGCCGCACUACCCCAUCCUCUACACCAACGACGAAGGUCGCUGCGCCCACGAAUUCAUCCUCGACGUCCGCGGCUUCAAGGAAACCGCUGGUAUCGAAGCUAUUGAUAUCGCCAAGCGCCUCCAAGAUUACGGUUUCCACGCCCCCACUAUGAGCUGGCCUGUUGCCAACACCCUCAUGAUCGAGCCUACGGAAUCGGAGAGCAAGGCCGAGUUGGACCGCUUCUGCGAUGCGCUGAUUAGUAUCCGCAAGGAGAUUAAGGAGGUUGAAGAAGGUCAACAACCCAAGGAGGGUAAUGUGCUGAAGAUGAGUCCGCAUACCCAGCAGGAUCUUAUUACGGGCGAGUGGCAGAGGAGUUAUUCGAGGGAGAAGGCGGCGUAUCCCCUCAGCUACUUGAAGGCGAAGAAGUUCUGGCCUAGUGUUGCGAGGUUGGAUGAUGCAUACGGCGACACAAACCUCUUCUGCACUUGCGCCCCCGUCGAGGGCGAGGACAGCGAUAUCACUGGUGCUGCUGCGCCGACCCCGACCUAG